AUGAAGAUUUACCAAGAGGUAUCUACCCAGUUACCUAAAACUUUUAGCAAGGGUUUUAGAAUCUGUGGACAUUUUAAUGAACAUUUUGGCAACAAUGAUUUAGGCCUGGAAAUACUUCUUCGUUAUAUGUUUCUAAAAUUUUCUGAUGGAGACUAUGAUUACCUCAUCAAGUUUUUAGCUUUGGCAGACUCUGGUGUAGGAAAGACCAGUGUGCUUUACCAGUACACAGAUGUAAAAUUUAAUUCCAAAUUCAUCACGACUGUGGGCAUUGAUUUCAGGGAAAAGAGAGUGGCCUACAGAGCCAAUGGGCCCGAUGGGGCCAUUGGCAGAGGCCAGAGAAUCCACCUGCAGCUGUGGGACACAGCUGGGCAGGAGAGGUUCCGUAGCCCGACUACGGUGUUCUUCGGAGACGCCAUGGGUUUUCUUCUGCUUUUUGACUUGACAAAUGAGCAAAGUUUCCUCAAUGUUAGGAACUGGAUAAGCCAGCUACAAAUGCAUGCAUACUGUGAAAACCCAGACAUAGUGCUGUGUGGAAAUAAGAGCGAUCUGGAGGAGCAGAGAGUGGUCAAGGAGGAGGAAGCCAGAGGACUUGCAGAGAAGUACGGAAUCCCCUACUUUGAAACUAGUGCUACCAAUGGGACAAACAUAAGCCAAGCCACUGAAAUGCUCCUGGACUUGAUCAUGAAGCGAAUGGAACAGUGUGUGGACAGGUCCUGGAUUCCUGAGGGAGUGGUGCGCUCCACUGGGCAUACCUCUGCAGAUCCGUUAAAUGAAGAAAAGGAGAAAGGGUCGUGUAGCUGUUGAAGCAUCCAGUGAGCACCCACUAAUUCCAGUGGCCCUUGUCUGUGACCUUCUCUGUAGCUGAUACAAGGCACAGUGGAGAUUGAUAGGUGUCUUGUACAAACUGCUUCUCCC